CUGUGAACAAAAUAUGACAAUGACAGCUGACAAUUUCGUGACAUUGACAGUUACUUGAAGAAAUUGUAUUGUUUUCAUUUGGAAUUUAUUUUAAUUUUACUGAAUCACUAACACCCAAAAUGGUCGAUGAUCUGCGCAAAUACUUAAACCAUUUAUUGGAAAAAGUAAAUGGUCUUCAUUGUAUACUAAUAACCGACCGAGAUGGUGUUCCAUUGGUGAGGGCGGUGACUGAGAGAGCUCCGCAACUAGCUUUGCGGCCCAAUUUUAUAUCAACCUUUGGGAUGGCAACAGACCAGGCGAGCAAACUUGGCCUAGGCAGGAAUAAGACCAUUAUAUCAAUGUACUGCAGUUAUCAGGUAAUACAAAUGAAUAAGCUGCCAUUAGUGAUAACAUUCAUAGGCAGUGAUAACUGCAACACUGGUCACAUCCUCUCAUUGGAGCACCAGAUAGAACCGUUCUUGAAGGAUCUAGAAGCUGUGGUAGCAGAUGCACCUUAGUGAUGGUGAAAAUUUUAUACUUUUUGUAAAUUGAUAUAUUAUUCAAUGUUAGUGUACAAUGUUCUUAGUAUGCCUUCAUUUAUAUUGAAGAUUUGUUGUAGGAAUAAAGCAGAAUUUAUUUUAUAACAAAGCAAAUACCAAUUGAUAUCUUUGGGGUGCUGUAUUGCCUUGAUUUGAAUUGUAUUUUUAUUUAUUUUAUCGAGCCUUGAAGCCUUUAUAUGACUAUUGCAUGUCUAAUCUUGAAUUUGUUGAAUCUAAAUUCUUGUAUGUAUGUCAGAUUUAUUGGAUAAUUAUUAUUAUUAUUAAUAUGUGAACAUUGUUGAGAAUUUUUUAUUUUACUUCAUAUUAGAAUAUCACAACAAAUUUCAAUGCAUACUAAGACUGUUGUACACAGAAAUCUUAUUAUUAAAAUGUAUGUCAAAAGCCUGGCUUUAGAUUAUACCUAGCUUAAUUAUUCGGAUUAUUGGAUAUAUAUUCUUUAUUAGAAUAUGAUGUUAUCUGUAAAUAUUAUAAUUAUUAAGAUUUAAUAAAUAUUUGGAUUAUA